CUGAAAUGUCUCUGUUGCUAUCAUCAACAUCUCCUCUUCGUCUUUCAACUUCCAACGGUCAUCUCCAUCUCUCUCCUCCUCCAUCUGCCACGUGUCCUUCAUUCCCUAUACGACGCCGUUGCAACUCUCAGUCAACUCUUGCCAUCACCUUCCACAGCAGAAACGAAGCUCUUCGCUGUUGCUGCUCUUCCUCUUCCAUGCCGCUUGAAAUCUCCACGUCAUCUUCUCAGGAUAAUCAGAUGCAGGAUUGCUUGUUUUCCUCAAGAGCAUACUGGGUUAGUGAAACUAUAAUCGCCUGGAAUGUGGAUGGCCCAGAUGAGUACUGCUAUUUGUAUGCUAGUAAAUCAGCUACUUUAUCGGUUGCAUAUGAUGGGAUUAAAGGUGAGGAUGUUAGAAUUAAGCUUCAAGAGGACAGCGGUGGGCUUCCGGCAAAUGUGAUUGAAAAGUUUCCUAAUAUUCGAGACUAUAGAGCUUUUAAAGUGCCUCCUACUAUAGAUGCUAAAUCGCUCAUCAAGUGUCAGUUAGCAGUUACUACUUUCAGUUCUGAUGGGAAAUGUAGUGAUGCUACUGGUUUACAGUUACCUGGUAUCCUGGAUGACCUAUUCUCAUAUGAUGGUCCUCUUGGUGCUCUUUAUUCAGAAGAAACUGUCUCACUUUACCUUUGGGCACCUACAGCGCAAUUAGUACGUGCUUGCAUCUAUCGGGAUCCAUUAGAUGAAAAUACCCUAGAGAUUGUCCAGCUCAAGGAGAUUGAUGGCAUUUGGAGUAUUAAAGGACCAAAAAGCUGGGAAGGUUGUUAUUAUGUCUAUGAAGUAUCUGUCUUCCAUCCAAGCACAUUGCAUGUUGAAAAAUGCUAUGCAAACGAUCCAUAUGCUAGAGGGCUCUCAUCAGAUGGCAGACGAACAUUGUUGGUCAACCUUGAUUCUGAUUCUUUAAAACCGGAAGGAUGGGAUAAAUUAGCAAAUGAGAAACCUGAUAUAGCUUCUUUCUCUGACAUAAGUAUUUAUGAGUUGCAUGUACGAGACUUCAGUGUCAACGACCAUACUGUGCAACCUGACUUUCGUGGCGGUUAUUUAGCUUUUACUGCACAGGACUCAGCAGGUGUACUUCAUCUAAAGAAAUUAUCAAAUGCUGGUAUUACUCAUGUCCAUCUGCUUCCAACCUUCCAAUUCGCUGGCGUUGAUGACGAGAAAGAGAAAUGGAAGAAUGUGGAUACUGAGGUGCUGGAAAAGUUACCACCUGAUUCACCUGAGCAACAAUCACAAAUAACAGCCAUUCAAGAUGACGAUGCAUAUAACUGGGGGUACAAUCCUGUUCUCUGGGGGGUUCCUAAAGGAAGCUAUGCUAGUAACCCAAGAGGUUGUCGCCGUACAAUGGAGUUCAGAAAGAUGGUUCAGGCUCUUAACCAAAUUGGCCUUCGUGUUGUGUUGGAUGUUGUCUACAAUCAUUUACAUGGAAAUGGGCCUUUGGAUGAGAAUUCUGUCCUUGAUAAGAUUGUGCCAGGUUACUAUCUGAGAAGGAAUACUGAUGGUUUUAUCGAGAACAGUACAUGUGUAAACAACACUGCUAGCGAGCAUUAUAUGGUUGAGCGCUUGAUCCUUGAUGAUCUUUUGUCUUGGGCAGUUAAUUAUAAGGUUGAUGGGUUCCGAUUUGACCUUAUGGGUCAUAUAAUGAAAAGAACAAUGGUGAAAGCAAAAAAGGCACUUCAUAGCCUAACAAAAGAAAUGCAUGGAGUGGAUGGGUCAAGUAUCUAUAUAUAUGGUGAAGGAUGGGACUUUGGGGAAGUUGCAAAAAAUGGACGUGGCAUAAAUGCCUCUCAGUUCAACAUAUGUGGGACUGGAAUCGGGAGCUUUAAUGAUCGAAUUCGAGAUGCAAUGCUUGGUGGAUCUCCAUUUGGCCAUCCUCUUCAGCAGGGAUUCGUUACUGGUUUAUUGCUGCAGCCCAAUGGUCAUGACCAUGGCACAGUAGCAAAUCAAGAACAAAUGCUUGCUGCAGCGAAGGACCACAUCCAGGUUGGGUUGGCUGCAAACUUGAGGGAUUUUGUGCUAACUAAUUCUGAUGGGAAAGAGGUUAAAGGAUCUGAAAUUUUAACUUAUGGUGGAAUACCUGUUGCUUAUACAUUGUGCCCCACAGAGACAGUUAAUUAUGUUUCUGCACAUGACAAUGAAACCCUGUUUGACAUUGUGAGUCUUAAGGUAUUGAGUGAGAAGCAAAAACAAGGUACACUACAUUUGGACUUGGACAGCUUGUGGAUGCACGGAAAUUUCGUGCAAUCACGUUUCGUUUGUACCACGUGUCAAAACGCACAUGGGCUAGCUGUCGGCUGUUAA